UUGCCGAGGGCCUGUGCACUCCCGGGAUUAGUCGGGGCUCAAAGAGACUCGGACACCCGGUGCAAAUCAAAAAAAAUAUAUGAUCACGAGACUGUAGCUCUUCGAGGGAUUAAAACCAUCAGAAACAUAACGUGCUUAUAUUUGGAAAUUGAUUUACAGGAAGGAUGUCGUGGCCUUGUAAGGGGUGCUGAAAAGUUUGAUGCUUCAAAAGGUUUUAAGUUCUCAACAUAUGCUCAUUGGUGGAUUAAACAGGCUGUUAGGAAGUCGCUUUCUGAUCAAUCCAGGACAAUUCGGUUGCCGUUUCACAUGGUCGAGGCAACUUAUAGAGUUAAGGAAGCAAGAAAGCAAUUAUAUAGUGAAAAUGGUAGACAUCCUGACGAGGAGGAACUAGCUGAAGCAACGGGAUUGUCAAUGAAGAGGCUCACUGCUGUGAUGCUAACUCCUAAAGCUCCAAGAUCACUUGACCAGAAAAUUGGAUUCAACCAAAAUCUCAAACCUUCGGAAGUGAUUGCAGACCCUGAAGCCAAAACAUCAGAAGAGACAUUGAUCAAGCAGUUCAUGAAACAGGACCUACAGAAGGUUUUAGAUACCCUGAAUCCAAGGGAGAGGCAGGUUAUUCGAUGGCGAUUUGGACUGGAAGAUGGGAGGAUGAAGACAUUGCAAGAGAUUGGGGAAUUAAUGAGCGUAAGCCGGGAGAGAAUCAGGCAAAUUGAGUCUAGUGCAUUCCGCAAGUUAAAGAACAAGAAAAGAACGAAAAAUUUGCAGCAAUAUAUUACUGCUUAAGAGUCCACAAAAAUAGGAGUAUUCACUUUCUAUAGUUCAUUGAGUCUUCAUUGUUUGAUAGGAAAAGUUGGUUCUUCUUUAACAAUUUUUUUUUUUUGUUCAGAACUUUGCAAACAUUUUGUGCAUAAUACAAAAAAUUUGGUUCAAAUGAU